CUUUGUUAUUGAUUACUUGUCAUUGUCGGUGCCUGUACGCGCUGUGAACACACGUAAGCCGAGCCGAAGCAAAAGCUCCAAAUUCGUGCCUUAAAUAAACCCCAAACCGAGCGUUAAUUAUUGAAAGAAUGGGACUAUUGUCGCUACUGCGGAAGUUGCGAUCGUCACCGGAAAAGGAUCUCAGGCUGCUACUGUUGGGAUUGGAUAACGCGGGAAAGACGACGAUUUUGAAAAUGCUGGCAUCGGAGGAUAUCACGCACGUUACGCCGACGGCGGGUUUUAAUAUUAAGUCGGUAAUUUCGGACGGAUUCAAACUGAACGUUUGGGAUAUUGGCGGGCAAAAGAAGAUAAGGCCUUAUUGGAAGAACUAUUUCGAGAAUACUGAUGUUUUGAUUUACGUUGUCGAUUCGUCCGACAAAAAACGCUUGGAAGAGACCGGCUUGGAGUUAUACGAGCUGUUGGCCGAUGAAAAGCUAGAAAAUGUGCCCUUGCUCGUCUACGCCAACAAGCAAGACCUACCUGAUUCGUUAACGGCGUCCGAUCUAGCCCAAGCUUUAGGUCUGCCAACUAUCAAAGACAGAGCGUGGCAAAUACAGGCGUGUACCGCUUCCCAGGGAAUUGGUGUACGCGAAGGCAUGGAGUGGGCUUGCAAGAGCAUUAAGAAGUAAACAGAAUUUUAUCAUACGAAAUCUAUCCGUCCACUACGUAUUUGAAGCAAUUUUAUUGUGAAUGAACUAUAUAUCGUCUUAUGCAAAUUGAUUUUUAAA